UCCAACCGCAGUGGUGCCACCACAGUACUAUGGUAUCCAGACACCAUGGGGAGUUUAUCCAGCUAACAUAGUACAGACACAACCUGGUCAGCAACAGCAGCAGCAGCAACAACCACAACAGCAACAGCAGCAAGCACAGCAGCAACAGCCAGCAAUGGUGCGCAGUGGGCAAGAUGGACGACCUCUAACCCCAAGUCAGCAGCAGCAACAAGAUAACGUGCAGGCAAAUAUACAACUUCAGCCAGCAGGUGCCGGUUACCAGAUCAUUGCACCAGCGUACUAUGACCGUAAUGGGCAGCUAGUUAUGGGCAAUCCCCAGGGUGUUGGUACCCCAGUGAGACUUGUCUCUCCCGCCCCCAUCAUUGUUAAUGCAGGUGGCCAAGGUAACAAUGCUCUUAGGCUUCUGACCACUCAGCAACAACAGGUGCAGACCCCACCCAUCAAUCAGACAGCUAACUCUAACACCCAGAAUACUGGCAUAGGUGGCUACAAUCCCAGCUCCAGCUUUGGUGGGUUUACUCCCAGUACCAGUAGCCUGUUAACUCCCUCUAGUAGUCUAGGCCUCACCUCUCAACCUACAGGUUUCAGCAACACUGGACUAGGAGGUCUUGGUACAUCAGCUGCUCCGGGAUCUAUUGGCAGUUUUGGAAGCUACGAGGAUAAUUCACCAUUCAAAGGUAUGUCUUCUGGUAGACGUGACUCACUGACCAAGAUGCCUCAGGUGGGACAGUACUACAACAGCCUAGGUGGAGCUGCUAGCCCUGCUGGGCCCAUGGGACUUGUACAACCCCCAGGCCAGUCUAUCACACCUCCCCCAUCUCUAACUGGAUCCAACCCAAAUCUAACAUUUGGAGGAGUUGGGAGGUUCUCAGCUGCCCCUGGUGCAGAGGUGCCCAAAUAUAGGAAUGGUUCUUUGACAUCCUCUAGCAUGUUCAGCAACUCACUAUUUACCACCCAGCCUCAGAGGAUCAAGAGUGGGGCAGGGCUAGCGAAGGAGGUGGCAGGAGGGCGCAGUCGCUUGCUAGAAGAUUUCCGCAACAAUCGCAUCCCCAAUCUGCAGUUGAAGGACUUGCUUAAUCAUGUGGUAGAGUUCUCUCAGGACCAGCAUGGUUCAAGAUUCAUCCAGCAGAAACUAGAGCGUGCUACUCCCUCAGAGAAAACCAUGGUGUUUGGAGAGAUCCUGACAGCCGCCUAUAGUCUCAUGACUGACGUCUUUGGCAAUUAUGUCAUCCAGAAGUUCUUUGAGUUUGGUACUCCUGAGCAGAAACAAACGCUUGCUCAGAGAGUACGAGGUCAUGUGCUACCACUGGCUCUACAGAUGUAUGGUUGCAGAGUUAUACAGAAGGCCCUGGAGUCUAUCCCACCAGAGAUGCAGGUUGAGAUUGUGAAGGAGCUAGAUGGACACGUAUUGAAGUGUGUCAAAGAUCAGAAUGGUAACCAUGUGGUACAGAAAUGUAUAGAGUGUGUAGAACCAGUGCACCUCCAGUUCCUAAUAGACGCUUUCCAGGGACAGGUAGUUUUCACACUGUCUACUCACCCAUACGGCUGCAGAGUAAUCCAGCGCAUAUUGGAACACUGUUCCCCUGAACAGACUGAGCCAAUACUUGCUGAAAUGCAUGACCAGACAGAGCGUCUAGUGCAGGACCAAUAUGGCAAUUAUGUCAUCCAGCAUGUACUUGAACAUGGCAGACCAGAGGACAAGAGCAAAAUUGUUGCAGAGCUGAGAGGAAAGAUCCUUGUGCUGAGUCAGCAUAAGUUUGCAAGUAAUGUGGUUGAGAACUGUGUUGCCCACUCCUCCCCACCUGAGAGAGCCAUGCUGAUUGCAGAGGUCUGCAACAUGAAUGAUGGUGCCCUCUACACAAUGAUGAAGGACCAGUUUGCCAACUACGUCGUGCAGAAGAUGAUUGAUGUCGCAGAACCACCCCAGCGAAAGAUCCUCAUGCACAAGAUCCGACCACAUGUGGCUACAUUGCGUAAAUACACAUACGGCAAGCACAUCCUGGCAAAGUUGGAGAAAUUCUUCAUGAAAAACCAGACGGAUCUUGGCCCCAUUGGAAUGCCACCGAAUGGCAUGCCUUAGUGAGGGCCCUUGAUUGGAAAUAACGAACAUUUGGAUUAUAGACCCCCUGCUUUGAAUUAUGGACUGCAUAUUGCUUCAAAGAUAAUUGAAUAAUAUACUUAAUACUAAUUAAAUUACAAUAUUGAAUAUAACUUAUUUAAGUCGUGGCCUUUAAUAUAAUGGUUAAUAUUAGGGAUGUUGAUGUAAAUUCACACAAUGAAAUUCUAUUGAGUUCUAUUUAAAAAAAAUUGAGCAUAUGUUGUAACGCUGCAUGCAUUGUGACAUUUUAUAUUAUUAAGGUGUUGGGAAAAUAUUUUCACCUUAUGGAAUGUAUCAACCAUGACUUAACAUCUGUGAGACAUGGUCUAUUGGAGCAUGGUGUUCCACUCAAAUACACACUUGGUAAAUGUGCGCCAGCAUAGCCACUAACCAGCGAGUUAUUCAAGCUUAUCAGUGGCACUUUGGUAAGCUGCAGUAACUGUCCAGUUAAUCUGAAUUACCAUAUCCUCAUAAAAAAUCACUUAAAUGUCAACAUUAUUCGAUGAAGUUUCAGGUAUUGUGAAAGAAUAAUUGUAUUUAUAAUGAAGUAAAUAACAAAAUGCUAUUUCCAUUACAUAUCAGAAGUGAAUGGCAUUGUUAAAUGCUGAAUAUUGAAUGUUAGGUCAACAUCAUGGAAUACUGUAUAUUGUAAAGCAUUAGUGUAUAGAUGGCCUUCAUCUGAUCUCUUCUUAUAUCUAUCUGUGUGUAAAGUGUAAAUAAAACCUUGUAAGUAUGUGUAAGAUACAGUGAUCAUUUGUAUAGUGAUUCAACAGAUAAACAUUUUGUAUAAAUCUUAACUCAUUCAUUGUGGAUAAACUAACGACAAUCUCACAACUUCAAAAACUUAACUCUGUAAUCUCUAACAAUCUGUAUGUUUUGUUCGUAAAUGCCUUUCUCAUCCUCUUUAAACUCUCUUUGGGUCAUUAAUUGGCAUCGCUAUGUUAUUUUGUACAUGUAUUAAGAUAUAGUAAUGGGACAUACUUUUGAUACAAAUUAGUGUAAAUUUUGUACAUUUAAAAUUAUUUUUGCUGGUGUAUAGCUGGAAAGGUCCAUACGUUAUACUCUUCCAGUUUCCAGUUUGGAACUGGAGAGUUGUUCUGUGGAGUCGAUACCAUUUGUAAGUAAGAUGAACAUAAACGCAAUAUUUUCAGUCAAAAAUUGUAAACUUUGUACAGUAUGGACAGUCAGUGUGUAAGAUAUGUAAAAAUUGGAAGAAUUUCUUUACAGCCAGCAUUCACAUGCAUAAAGAAAAGAUAUUCUCGCUUAUUUGAUGUACAUUUAGUAUAUAUGUUGGCCCUUCAUCUGAGAGCAUACUUGGCUCCCAUAGACCCUUUCUGAAUAUGCCCAUGACCCUGGUAAAUCAAGGGAAAGCGUGUAUCAUGGUUGAUAAAGGGAGGUUUUUAUUAAUAAUACUUUUUGUAUCUAUCUCUUGUAUAAUCCUAUAUUCUGUAUUUAUGCUAGAGCAAAACUUGUAAAUGUGUGGUGUGCUAUAUGCUGUAGAUUAUUCUAUGUACAGAUUGGUCGGUGCCAAUAACAAAGCCAGGCACGUAUAUCCUAUAUACCCAUAUAUAGAUAUAGGAUGGAUUUCUCAUUGAAUUCCUUGUGUAUAUGUAAAAUUAUUGAUGCAUAAAAUUUGAAAAUAUUUGUGUACAAAUUCGAGCCUUUGUUAAAUAGCUGUAGAAAUGUGGAUAUUUUGAACCUGCUUCAAAUUAUUGUAUAGGCCUGUAUUAAAGUCUCUAAACUAUUACAUAGAUGUAAAGUGUAUAAACCAACAAAUGUAAUCAUAGUCAUGUAAAUUGUAAACAUAUCCUUAUAAUUAUUCACUAAUGUAUAGAAAUAAUGUGACUCUUAAUCAGAAUGCAGCACAUUUACUUUGUCGGGGAACUUGAAUGUAUGUUCGUAUGAGGAGAUGAAUAUAAGUUGAAAUGUGUUGAAUAUUUACUGUACACAAGUGGUACAAAACUGUAAAAUAUGUGAAUAAUUUGAGUAGAAUUGUAAAAAGACUGAGAAUAUAAAAUAAGAUGCUAUAAUAUUAUAUUGCUGUAGAUAAAUCACCGUCUGUAAAUGUGCUGGAUUUUGAUUAGCUGUCAGGUGAUGGAAUUGUUAGGUAGUAAUGUUUAAUUAAUUAUUAAUUAAUUGUAUGGUACAUAAUGGUUGAGCUGUAGUUACACUGUAUAUGAAAUGUUGUGCCCAAUCAUGCAUUCAUAUUCCCUACUAACUUGAUAGAAAGUGUAUGUCGCUUUGGGGGCAGAUUUUCAACAUUAUUAUUUUUUGUUGUAGUUUAUUUGAGGUGGGAUUAAUGGGCUACAGUUGACGAUUAAUAAAAAACCUUUGAAAGUCAUGUAAAUCCCAAACUUGCAUCAAUUCAACCAUUUGAAACAAGAAUGAUGCUUUUUGUAACUCAGACUGCUUGGUUUUUGUUAUACACUCCCAAUUUUGGACAAAUUGUCUCUACAUUACAUAGUGUUUGAAUGUGCUGAGGACAGAAUUGUAAAAUCUAUUGGGCAUCUUGAACCUCUGAUGUACCAGUGUUGACCGAGUUUAUUCUUUGUCAGUCUGCAGUUUGACAAGGUUUCAUUCUACUUGAGUUCUCCCACCUUUGUAUAUUUAAAAGUAUGUUUCAAAUUGCAAAUAAUUAUGCGGUAUAUAAAUUAUCCAAAUAUUGUACAUUCUGUAUGAAAUACAAAACUCUGUAUAUUCGAAGAUUUGCUAUAAAACAACCUGUACAUUUGUCUAGACAGUUUUUACAUCACACUGAACAUAGCUUGAACAUAGUCACAAACUGUAAAAAUCUGAAACUGUACAUUAAACACUUUGUAUUAAAUUUUAAUUGUAUAAAUGACUUGUGAAUAGCAGAGAAAGUUUAUCAUGGAUAUUUUUUCUUAAGUCACUGUAUGAUAAGAUAUACAUCCGUAGCCACUAUAGUAUAUUGUAGGAAUCACCGAGACUAACUCUUUGACAAUUUAAAUACAUUCCUCUUGACAUCACAUUUGGCAUUAGGAUUGCAUUGAAAUUGUUAUAAUUUUGGCAUAUUAUGGUCAGCUCCUUAGAGCCGUGUGUUAGACAGGCAACAGAAUAGCACAAAAUUGUAUAUGUACAUGUAGCACUAGACUUGGGCACUGUAGAGCUAACAAGCUAGCGAUCAAAACGAGCUGACUGAGUCAGUAGCAAAUUCUAAUCCCUCAUUUUGA